GCAGCCACGAGACUCGCCACACCCUUUGUUCACAUAGUCCCCCACCACCAAAACCAAAUACUUGUCUGAUCAAGAGGUUUACCGCUACUCUCGCUCGUUGUAGAGUCAACAGGUCUUUUCCCCCUCUCUCACGGCCAGUUGCGACUUCCCAUCUGUGGGUUGAAACAAUCUGCUCCCCGCAACUCCACCGCGUCGCGCCGAGAUAAUCCCACAUUGUGUGUGCAGUCCACAAGUCGAACAUGUCUGCGGAUAUCGUUAGUGGGUCUGUAGACCCGGAGACGCUCUACACCAAGCAGCAAUGCAUUGGCGGUGGGAGCUUCGGCAAAGUGUACAAAGGAAUGGAUCGUCGUACCGGUCAAUUGGUCGCCAUCAAAGUCAUUGAUGUGGAAAAUGCCGAGGACGAGGUUGACGACAUCAUUACCGAGAUCGCCAUCUUGUCUGGCAUGAACUCUCCCUAUGUGACCAAGUACUAUGGGUCGUACCUCCACGGCUCGGAUCUCUGGAUUGUCAUGGAAUUCUGCUCUGGCGGAAGCUGCGCUGACCUCAUGAAGCCUGGUCUAAUGAACGAGGCUGAAAUUGCUGUCAUUCUCAAGGAGCUUUUGAUGGGGCUGAGCUAUCUGCAUGAUGACAACAAGCUCCACCGUGAUAUCAAAGCCGCCAACAUUCUCGUCAGCGCGAAUGGUCAGGUGAAGCUUGCUGACUUUGGCGUCUCUGGCCAACUGUCUGCAACCAUGACAAAGAAGAACACCUUCGUUGGCACUCCAUUCUGGAUGGCACCAGAGGUCAUCAAGCAAUCAGGCUAUGACCACAAAGCGGACAUUUGGUCCCUCGGCAUCACUGCUCUCGAGCUAGCCAAAGGCGAGCCUCCUUACGCGGAUAUCCAUCCCAUGAAAGUGCUGUUCCUGAUCCCAAAGAACCCAUCGCCUGAGCUAGAAGGCAACUUCUCGUCUCAUUUCAAGGAAUUCGUCCACAUGUGCCUGAAGAAGGAUCCUCGUGAGCGCCCGUCGGCAAAGCAGCUUCUUCAAUCCAACUUCAUUCGCAAGGCUGGGAAGCCCGCUCGCCUCCAGGAGCUCAUCACCCGUUACCAGGACUUCCAGUUCAGGCAUCCAAGCCUAGAGGAUGACUCUGAAGAGCUCACACCGCAAAAGAAGGCUCCAGUGAAUGAGGACUUGUGGGACUUUGGCACGGUACGCCCGGUGAAUGGAGGCCCCGGUAGAGCUUUCGGUCUCAAGCCUAUGAAUGAUGCUGGAGCUAACGCCCGCAACGUGUCACCAGUGAGGAAACCAGUCCAAGGACAUAGCGGCAUCGAGAACAGCAACAUCGGAUGUGAGGAUACUGUUCGAGCAACGAGCCCACCACCAUCUCCUACGAAGCGCCUAGCUCGAUUGCAACCUCCUUCGCCAACUGCACCAUCAAGGAUUCCGCUUCCUCCAUCACCGGAGAAGGCAAACGGAACACCAUUCGUUGCCCCGCUGUCUAUCCCUACUCAGGAAACCCCACGCAAGUCACCUAUGCCAGGAGUCUUCUCACCGCAUCCCCCAAACCGUGGACUUGUAACCCCGACGAAGCAGACCCCUCAGCAACCGCGACGACAGACGCCACUUGCCCACAAGUACGACGAAUAUAUCCAGCGAGAAAUCGCAAAUGACAUGGCAUCCAUGAACAUCACCCCCCAGCGGAAUCCUACACCAACACGUGCUUCAGUCCUUCCUUCCUCACAGAUGAGCCUCCCUGAAAUACCACCCUUUAGAGGAAACUCCACUAACGAGCCUUCUCACACCAGCCCAUUUGUUGCGAAGCAGUCUCAGGUGGUGAGUCCUGCACAGGCCCCGAGGCACUCUCAGGUGUCACCUCCGAAGGUGCUAGCUGAGUUUCGGAUUCCGAUCGAGCUUCCAACCAGGCCCUCUCAGGUACUGAAGCCGCUCCCGCAGCUUGUUGGUCAGCAGCCACUGCCACCCCUAACUACUCCCCAGCACCCUCUUCCGCCUUUCAGCCCUAAGUCUGCUGGCAGGAUUCAUGUAGGGCCACGCUCACGUCCCGGAUCUUCGUCAGCAUCAAAUGACCCAUUCGGUGGACCCUUCGUCGGGGACUGGGCUCUCGAGUCACGGACGGGGAAGCAUGAAGACUCCCCUUCAACUAGUUCUCGCAAUAAUGCUACGAACAAGUCCACGCCAAUCUCUCGUGGCUCCUUUGGUCGAACAAAGGCCACCACGCCAGGCUCACCCACUCCACCUGCUGAAAUCACUGCCCUGACAGGUGUAGUCGUCCCAGCUCUCGAAGCAGCAGUGGCCCGCCGCACCUAUAACUUCAACCUAAAGAACCGUGAGGAGAAUCAAAAGGCCCUUCGUGAUCCUCAGUACUUCGAUCGCCGGAAAUCGCGCCAGGAGUGCCACGAUCAUGUCAAGAGACUUGUCGCCGAGCUCGUUGGCCGAUUUAAGGAACUUGAUCAGUGGGAUAUGAAGGGUGAGGUCGGCAUGGGUGGGGAAGUUGCCGGCUUCCUUGAAGGCUUUCUCGAGGAGGUGCUGGUUCGGGUUGAGCCGGCUGAUGAUUAAGAAGAUUGUUAUUAACAGCUGGUAGUUCGAAGAGAGGGGCUUAUACGACAUGAAGGGAAAUUGAUGAUGGUGAGAAGGGAAAUGUAGAUGGAAAUGGGCCACACGACUUACGGUCCGAGCUAUCUACGUGCAUGAACUGGCUGGCAGUCAGUCGAUCGAUUACGAUUUCCGGAUGGAGCUAUGGGGUUUCGGAAUGGCAUGGCAUGGCAUACUUCCUCUGCGUUAUGGCAUGGUGUCUGUCUGUUUUUCUGUUUUCAUGGAAGAGGAUGCAUUUGCGUCUGCGUCCGGGUUCCGCGCGCGCCUGCAUGCAUACAUGGCGUUUUCACGGCAGGGCAGGCGCUUCCUUCCCGCGCCCGUAAGGAUUCCCUUUGUGCUUUCAAUUUCCUUUGUUUUCUGCUGUGUACUGUAUGCUGCGCACGCGCUCAUGUCUGG